UAUAAUAUUGCUAUAAACAGUCUUGUUUAAUACGUUCCACGGCUUCGUCAUUAUUGUUUUUCAGGAAGACAUACUACUGCCAUGGCUGCUACUCAUUUUCAUCCACAUCUUAUUCUGGGCUUAAAGACGGGAGUAAAAGGAAAUGCACAGUAUAUUAAGGGCAAUAAUGUUUUAUAUCCUGUUGGAGGAGUUCUCGCACUACAUAACUUCAAAGAGAAAGAACAAAGCUAUAUUCGAUUGGAAGAGAACGAGAAAGCUUUGACAAUGAUUCAUGUGAGCAUGGACAGAAUGAUGGCAGCUAUUGUGUAUCAAACAGACGGACGUUAUAUUUCGGUGUAUGAUUUGACAACAUUGAAGCAAAAAAAAGUAAUCUGUGUUUCUCCUGACAUUCCUGGCAAGGAAGUUGUUGUUGCCUGUUUCACAUUUGAUUUAAAGUUCUUAAUGGUAAUUCUUGGCAAGCCUCAGUGGAUGCUACUAUGUUAUGAGUUACAAACGGGAGAUCUAAAGUCCUCAACACAAGCAAUUAAUGAAGAUGGAACAGGAGAAGUCUAUCAGGCUGCGCCCAACCCCAGCGACAACACAGUGAUUUGCGUUGUCGGUCCCGGGCUGUUUCGUCUACUUAGCGUGCUGGACAACUCAUGGACGCAGUACGGAUACGUUAUGACCGAAUAUGUCCCAUUCACGUGCGCCUCUUGGGUCACGUUCGACCGUCUCGUCUGUGGGACGAAAGAUGGCAGAUUAAUAAUAUUCGAAUCUGGAGAUCUGAAGUACAUCUAUGACAUGGCGGAAACUAGUCUAAUUGACACGAAAAGUUUCGAGGAGUUGCCACCACUGACGCGCGCCGAAACUGAAACGGAACAGGACACUAAUGAUACUGAGAUCCGCGAGAUAGUCUCCGGUGCGAAAGGCUUUGCAUAUAGUUAUGGAGAAUCGGCUGUUCAUUUCUUCGAAAGACUGAGUGCUCAUGCCUACUCAAAAAGGAAUGUCUUUAACAUUACUUGUCCUGAAAUCGCUGAGAGGGAACCUGGCAUUAACUGCAUUCAGAAUCUGAGUAUGAAUAACGAUGGAGAUUAUCUCGUUGCAACUACCCGCUACUCACAGAUAUAUUCUGCAUUUUUAAUGGGACCAACUAUAGCACAACAACCAGAAAUUGAGUUCGAUCUAUUGGGAGAAAGUUUGCAUCAUGGAGAGAUAAAUGGACUUUCAACAUGUCGAUGGAAACCCAUUUUCAUAACGUGUGGCAAAGCUGAUCGCACCGUUCGAAUUUGGAACUACGAAGAACAGAAACUUACGAUAUCUGUGCAGUAUCAGGAAGAUAUAUACUGUGUUGCUCUGCACCCAACUGGACUGUAUGCUACUAUUGGAUUUUCUCAUAAGAUCCGAUAUGUAAAAGUGCUUAUUGAUGACCUAGAAUCUAUGAGAGCAUUCCCUAUUAGAAGCUGUGUUGAAUGUGCUUUUAGCUGUAAUGGUCAUUUAUUUGCUGCUGUCAAUGGAAAUAUAAUACAAAUAUAUUCUUGCAUAACGUUUCAGAAUGUUUAUAACCUGAAAGGACAUAAUGGGAAGAUUCGCUCACUUGCUUGGAUUGAAUCUGAUGACAAACUUGUUUCUUGUGGAACUGAAGGUGCUGUUUAUGAAUGGUAUAUUCCUUCAACCCGGAGAGUAGGUGAAACAAUAAUAAAGAGCUGUGUUUUCUCUGGGAUAACAGUUUUUUCAUAUGGAGGUUCUCUGUUUGCUGUUGGAAGUGAUGGAAAACUGAGAGAAAUAAGUGAUUCUGAGGUAAAAAAAGAACAUUGUUGUCAAAGCUGA